AUCGUGAAGCAAACUACAACCAAAAAUAAAAACGGACCAUACUCGUGACCCAAUGACGUCAUUCAUAAGCAUCGAGCGAGGAAACAGAAACAACGUUCAGCAAGUAGCAGAUUUUCUCCAAAAUGUCACAAAUGCCCAGUGCUCCUCCACCAGAUGGAGGUGAAAAACCACCUGCUUACGAGUCCUUACAAGGUGCUCCACCACCUCAGAAUUAUCCAGGAUAUCCUCCUAACCAGCCACCUAAAUAUGGCCCUGGAGCUGGUGCCUAUCCUGGGUAUCAACAGGGCUACCCUCCUGCAGCAAAUUACCCAACAGCGGGUGCUUACCAGCCAGCCCCAGGGGGCUAUCAGCCAGCCCCAGGGGGCUACCAGCCACACUACCAACAGCCACAAGCAGUGCCAGUACAACAGAAUGUAGUGGUAGUGGGAGGAUGCCCAGCUUGCAGGGUUGGUGUACUUGAAGAUGAUUUCACGUGCUUGGGUGUAUUGUGUGCAAUCCUGUUUUUUCCCAUUGGAAUUCUGUGCUGUUUAGCAAUGAGACAGAGAAGGUGUCCCAAUUGUGGAGCUGUCUUUGGAUAAGCUGAAUUAACAACAGAAAACACUACACAUGUGAUUUUUUUCUUUUGAUCUACCUGUGCAUCAGCAGGUCUGAAUCCAUGGGUUUUGAAAUCUGAUAGAAAAAUGAAUGCCAGAUAAAUGACCUGUAAAACCAUUGGAUUGAAAUGUCUAAAUUAUUUCACUGGAAGAGCAUACUUUAUGGCUGUCUUCUGAGACUAAGUACAAAAUCAUUAUGGUUUUCAACUGCAUAUCAACAGAAAUCUGGAGAUUUUACUUAUUUUCCUUUGUAGUUUUGCAUGGAUUUUUACACAAAAUAACCAUACUAAAAUAUGUAGUCUAUGCAGGAUUACAAAGAGGGGGCAAACUUGAAUAUUAGGAAUAUUUUUGGCAUUGCAAUGCAGUUGAAAAAGAUUUGAACUUCCUUUUUCAUGCAGGACAUAAGAUGUAAUAAUAUUUUGGGGAUAGAUUUUACUUAUCAUUAGUGUUUGUAUUCAAUUAUUUAAUCUAGGAAUGAUUAGCUGAUUGACUGAACUGUUAAUUUCAUUUCUUAGAAGUCUUGUGCUGUUACACUAAAAAAGUCAUCUGGUUAAUACUAUACUUCUGUUUAUGAAAUAUUUGUGUAGAUAUUUUAAGCUCUUAUUUUCUGACACGGGAUUUGCUUCUUAACAAAACGAAAAUAUAAACAAAUUGGGGGUGGUAAAUAUGUAAACUGCUUUAAUGCAUUUUAUUAACAAAAGGCUAAUGUUGUUAGUUUAAUUACACGAGAAAUUAUUUAUUAAGAUGAUUUUUGAAAAAAAUAUUUUUUUACAUACAGCAGGUGUUCAAUUGUAUAGCUUGUAAUUGGCUGCUUCACAAAGAAAGAAAUGCAUUUAUUCUUAUGUAACAAAACAUCCAAGAAGACUUAUAUGAAAUAAUCAUUCCAGAUCUGAAAUGUAUUAAAAGGAAAGUGUUGCAUCAAUUUAAGGGACGCAGUCAUUUUUGUUUUUGGUAUUUUUCAUCCAAAUAGUAUUUUAGAAGCUGUCACUGAAUAGUUGAACCUAUCCAUCUGUAAAUUUAGUAUUCCAUAUUUUCUUUUCAUUGAAUGGUCUUGUGUAAAUACAAUCAUAUUCACUCAGUAUAUCUUUUGAAUUGAAUGAGUUGUGUAUUGGUUGGGUUGGAAAGGUUUAGUUGUGACGUGAAACGCUGAAGGAGAGGACAAUAUUUUACCAAUGGCUUUUGAUUUAAAGAUGUUUAAUAUGACCAAAAUUUAGACUUCUGACUGAAGGUGCCUUUCUUUGAAAUCAAAAGCAUUAUCUUCUCUACAAAGUUUGAUGUUGUGAUUGAGCCGUUUUUCCGACCAGAGACCGGAGGAGAAUUAUGCUGAACGCAUUAUGUUGGUUGAUAUACCAUGGAGAAGGGGGAGCUUCGCAAUAUUUUCUAUUUGCUAGACGGGCUAGAGGGCACUUGGGUAAAUUCUUGUUUUUUUUCCAUACCACAGUUUGACGCACUCGUGUAUAACAUUUUAUUAAGUUUUUCUCGAUGGAACGUUUUUCCACAUCCUAAAGAUGGAAAAGAAGCUAUGAGUAUGAGAAUUAAAAGAUUGCGAAGAUUUUAUUAAAACCAAUAAACUUACGUCGUAAACAUA